AUGGCACUUCAACUUGGCAUCGCCGAGACACCGAUCCCGAUGGUCUUCUUUGUCUGCGAAGGCUGCAACGAGACGCUCAAGAAGAACAAGGUCGACCAGCACGCGGCGCGGUGCCGCAACUGCUGGGCCGUGACGUGCGUCGACUGCUCGGUCGUCUUCAAGGGCAACGACUACGCCGCGCACACGACGUGCAUCUCGGAGGCCGAGAAGUACCAAGGCGCGCUCUUCCAGGGCGAGAAGGGCAAGGCGGCUGCGAAGCGCAACCCGCAGGAGCGCUGGAUGGACCUGAUCACGUCCGUGACCGCGCCGGAACCCAAGGUGCAGCAGGCGCUGCAGCGCAUCCAAGGCUACGACAACGUGCCGCGCAAGAAGGGCAAGUUUAUGAACUUUCUCAAGAAUUCGAUCGGCGCCCAAAGCGGCGGCCUCGAAGAAAAGCUCUGGACGUUCCUUGAGACCGAGUUCAACAAGCUCAAGGAGCCGGAAGCCCCCGCCAAGCGCAAGGCCGACGAGGACGCGACGGACGAGAGCAGCAAGAAGCAAAAGACCGAGCCCGAGACCGAGGGCCUGUCCGCGCUGGCAUCGCACGUCAAGGGAUAUCUGGCGACACAAACCGAUGAGACCGUGAUCGAGCUCUCGGCCGACGAGAAGAAAUGGGUCAAGGCCAUGAAGAGCCUCGUCAAGAAGGCCGACGGGCGCCGCAUGGGCAAGAAGGCACUGCGCAAGGCCACGCUCGCGUACGUGCAAGACAAGCACCCGGAGCUCAAUGCGUCCAAGGUCGCGUUCAAGGCGGCUUCGAAAAAGACUUCCGGUGUCUUGACCCGGGACGGCGACUACUUUGUGCUCAAGGCCGAGUAGAUUCGAUUUAUAACUUCUUGACGCUACGUUCUUGGAAGAGCCGCGGGGUCCAUGAAGGGGCCGCAUCAAGGAGCCGUGUCCCGUGUUGACCAUGUCCGUAGCCGAGCACCAGGUGUCAUCACCGCAGGACGCUUGCUGGUUCAAGGACGACGACGCCCUGCGUCAUGAGUCGAGAGCAGGCUCGAAACACGGCGAAGGAGCCUUCCCAACGCAGUGACGUCAAUCGCAGAAAUCCCUGGACUAGCGGCCGUAGGAUACCUAGUUGUCGGACCAGCGGUCGCCCGUG